AUGUCCUCAAGGUACAUUGAGGGUGUCUAUGCAACUCUCAAGCUGAGAGUGUUUUUUACAAUUUUAAAUGGNCUGGGCACCGCCCUGGUGUGCCUCUACCUUGUCCUGCGGGAAAGCGGGGGCGCUCGGGCAGAGCCGCCCGACGGCGCGGACGGCGGCUUCUCGCUGCUCAAGGCGGCGGUGUUGCUGGCCCUCGGCUACGUCCUCCUGCGCUGCCGCCACGCUGUCCGGCAGCGCUUCCUGCCCGGAGCUUCUCGCCUAGGGGGUCACUCCGCCUUCUCCCGGAGACACUUACCAGAGCCGGGCCUCAGCAUCCUGCUGGAGAGUUACUACGAGCACGAGGUGCGCCUGUCUCCGCACGUGCUGGGUCACAGCAAGGCGCACGUGAGCCGGAUCGUGGGUGAACUGGUGCGGGCCGGCCGCGCCCGGGGGUCCCCAGGCCCCAUCCCCGGGGGGGCGUUGGCCUUGGCCUUCCGCGGAGACUUCAUCCAAGUGGGCAGCGCCUACGAGCAGCAUAAGAUCCGCCGGCCCGACGGCUUCGACGUGCUGGUGCCGCUGCGCCUCCCGCCGAUGGUGGCGCUGGAGCCACGGAGCCUGGGUGCGGAGCCGGCGCUGGCCCCAGCCUUCCGGGCUUGCUUCGUGUGCGCCCUCAAGGCACCGCCCUCGCCAUCUGGGGCCUCUGGGGGCCACUGGCUUCGGGACUGCAAACCCUUCGCUGAUGGCUUCUGCGUGGAUGUACACGGACGGCGCCACCUAUCCGCGGCGCUGGUGCUGCGCUGGUUCCAGUCGCACCUGCAGCGCUCCCUGGCCACGGUGCGCUACAGCCUGGAGGGGCGCUGUCGGGUCACCCUGACUCCGGGCGGCCUGGAACAGUCCCCUACUUUACACAUCCUGCCCUGCCGCACGGACUAUGGCUGCUGCCGCCUUUCCAUGGCCGUGCGCCUCAUCCCCGCAGUCCAUGUGGGAGAUGGGGUCUUCCUUGUGGCACCGCCACCGCCACCCUUGCCUGGCGGGCCCCUGUCAGAGCUCCCGGGGGGCCUGCGCGCCGAGGCACUGUGGGGUGUGAACACAGCUCGCCAGGAGCAGAAGUUGCUGGGCUGGCUGCAGGAACGGGCCCCUCCAGGCGCCUGCUACCUCAAGUGCCUGCAGUUGCUGAAGGCUCUGCGCGACCUGGGUGCCCGUGGGCUGGACUCAGCGGCUGCCACCCAGUGGGGACGCAUCCUGUCUUCAUACGUGCUCAAGACAGCGCUGCUGGCGGUGCUGCUGCGCAAGGGGUCCCUUGCACAAAGCUGGGAUGAGACGCACCUAAACGAGUGUUUAGAGGAGCUGGUGCAGUACCUUAGGGACUGCCUGCUGCGACGCCACACGCUCUUCCACUGUGUCCUGGGUCCCGGUGGGGCGGCCGCUGAGGUGGGCCCCCUGCCCAAGGUACUACGCGAAGCCGCCCCCGUUGACGUCCUGGCGGCUUUUGACCCGCAAGCGCGGGAACUCGCAGCAGCGCGGUUGCUGUCCACGUGGCGCAGGCUACCCCAGCUUCUGCGGUCCUACGGGGGUCCACGCUACCUUGCCAGGAGCCCCCCACCCCGGAGUCAGCACACCCAGGGGUUCCCUGAAGGGGAACCGUAAACCCUGACAGCACCCCCACCUGACCAAAUUCUCCUAAAGCCUCUCCCACUGGGUGGGGAUGGCAGGGAAGCCUGUUAAAUCCAAGAUUGCAGAAGCUGCUGGAAAUCAGAGGAUGCCACAGGCUUUGGUGGUUUAAAUGUCACCCUUGGCUUCACAAUCCAAUAUAAUAUAGUAUCUUCACACCCACUAAAGUGCCUUGGGCAAGUUGUGGA